UUAAUUUUUUGGUCAAAAUUGUAAGCUUGUGUCAGAUAAAAUUAAUGUUUAGUUAUGAACCCGGAUCAGCAAUUAAAUGUAGCCUCGUCUCAGAAGCAGCUUAAAGGAAAUACAUCUCAUGAUAAUAUGACUGAUGUUAACUGGGCUGCCUACAACGCAUUUCGCAGUGAUCUGGCAAAGGUGCAGAAGACUUUUGCUUGUUGCACCCAAACGGACUUCACCGAGGAAGUGGGCACCUUGACGGACACCUCGUUGGGUUGCAAAUUCCUCGGCCAGCGACCGACGAAAUUAAGAAGUCAGAGCUUGCCGCCGAGUGCAAGUUUCUAUAAAUAGCAUCGAUAUGGAGUCUCGA